ACGACGUGCGAAAUAAACAGUCUAUGGCAGCUGUUGUUUAGUUUGUUAAAAAUGGAAUUGUCCUACUACAAAUACUGUGUCGUGCCUGAGUGUAAAAGUACAACUAUUAAAACGCCAAAUAAGUUAUUUAUAUAUGUUCCAAAUAACAUAAAAAUACGGAAAAAAUGGCUAACACUUGCAAGGAGAAAUGAUGCUCAUAAGUUGUCUUCAGACUCGAGAAUGCAUUUCUGUGAAGAUCAUUUUGAUUUGCCAAAUGAUAUAGUUAAUUAUAUGCAAUACCACAUUAUGGGAAAAGUAUCUCAAGUCCGUAUGAAACCAGGUUGUAUUCCAACAAAAUUUGAAUGUCAAGAAGAUAGAAGAAAACGGACGUGUGGUAGUACAGAACGUUCUUGUAUUACAAAAAGAAAAAGAAUGAUGACUAUCACAGAGUGUCUCAAGGAAUCAGAAGAAAGAUGUGCACAAAGUCAAUUUCGUAAAGGAGCUUCUGAAAUAAGUUUCCCAAAACUGGAAGAAAAUAUACAAGAAAAUUUAAGUAAGCACUCUGAAGACAAAUCUGUUCAAGUUGUCAUAAAACCCAAAUUUAGAAGUAAAGCAAUCCAAUGUGAAAUCCUUUCACCAGGCAUUAUCGCCUUUGAGACUGUUAAAGUUGAAAGAUAAGUGUUUGAACUCCAGGCCUUACAACAAGGUUUUAGAAACAUUAUGAAAAAUAAAUUGAUUGCAUAAGAGUAUUGGGACAGUGAUAUUUCUUGAUGUAUUCGAUCUGGAACCACCAAGCAACAGCACACAUUGAACAACAAAUUCAUAUGUUUGUUCUUCUCAUAAAUGUCACUUUUCUUGGGUGCACCCAUAUAAUAUCUCACCAUGGACCUGAGAAAAGUGAUGAUGGGUGUGAACACAGUGUUUCUCAAAUUUGUCAUUCUACAUAAGCAGUAUUUAUUGGUAUUGUCCAUUUUUUACAAAUUAUUUUGUUUUCUUUCUAUUGAUUUGUUUGAAGAAUAUAAUUAUUAAAACUUCAGAUACUGUAAUUUAUACAGUUAUUAAAUAGAGGAAAAGCCUUGAUUUUAUAUUGGUGUUCAAAAUUUCUGUUACUAUUUGAUUGAUUUAAUAAAAUAGAAAUUAAAUAUUCCCGAUCAUAAUUUAUUAAUUUUGUUUGAAACAAAUUUUUUUAAAUGAACCAUGAUGGUGAUUUAAGCAAGGUAUAUUUAAAAUUUAUACAUUUUCAAAUUUGUUAAAAAUUUGUAAUUAUUGUAAUAGUCUGUGCAUUAGUUGAUUUACAUAACUCUAUAAUACAAUAAAACAAAUGAAAAGUAAGGUUUGCUUUUUUUUUCAAUUUAUAUUAUUAUUUUUCCAACACUUUAAUAUGUAUGACACAUGUCAUAUUUCAACUUUUUAUUUUUUGAAUGUAGCUACUCUGAAUUAGCUACAAAGAACAUACACUUUUAUAACCGACUUCAAAAAAGGAUGGUUAUUAAUUCGAGGUGUUUCUACGUAAUUUCGUCAGAAUAUUCAUAUAUGUUUAGAGAUGGAAUUUUACCCGGAAAAAGCUCAGGAAAAUUCCCAAUUGGGAAAAUAUCCGGGUUUUUCAUUUAAUACAGUUUUAAGUAGAAUAUAUGUUUAUGAUGUUACACAUAUGAUGUUACAUUUAACACAAUAUUGUUUUGAAGUAUUCGAUUUCAGUUUUUAUAGUGAUUAGAAAUAUAUAUAUACAUAUAUUAUUAAGAAGUAUAUAAUAUAUAUAUACAUAUCAUACGUGUAACAUCAUAAACAUAUCGCACACCUAGAUCUAAACUAAGACAACUCAAAAAAGUAAUGUGGAUGUCUGACAAUACAUUUGUUUACGUGGCAGGAACGCG